GAUUAAACUCCAGGAUUAUCCGUUGACUAAAAAAUAAUACUCCAUGAUUAUCCAAACUGCUGCAGCAGCCACUCUGCUGGCCGCCAUAGCCACCACUUUCACCUUCCUUCUCAUUUCUCCAACCCCAAAAUCCUCCUACCACUCUCUCUUCACAUCCCCCUCACUUUCAGACAAUGCUUCUAUCUCUCACCACCUCCACACCCUCACUCGUCGCCCCCACGUGGCCGGCCAAGAAGCCAACGCCGAGGCCGCCGCCUACGUCCUCUCCGUCUUCACCUCCUCCAACAUCAAAACCCACAUCGCCCCAUACCAAGUUGCCCUUACUUACCCUGUCUCACGCUCCCUAAAGCUCACACCUUUACCGCAAGACCCACAAACCCAAAUCGAGUUCGACCUCCGGCAAGUAGUCUACGGCGGCGAUCCCUACGCCGACGUGGCAGAUGAAGUCCUGCCCACUUUCCAUGCCUAUGCAAAGUCGGGAACUGUGGAAGCGCCGGUGGUAUUUGUAAAUUAUGGAACUUUGGAGGACUAUUGGACUUUGGAAAAAAUGGGAGUUAACGUUUCUGGAAAAAUUGUGUUGGCGAAGUAUGGGAGUAUUUACAGAGGGAGUAUUGUGCAAAUUGCGUAUGAAGCGGGGGCUGUUGGGGUUCUGGUGUAUACAGAUAGGAAGGACUACGGCGGAGGCGGCGGAGCAAAGUUUCCAGACGAGAAAUGGCUGCCGCCAAGUGGGGUCCAGGUGGGGUCAGUUUACAAUGCGUAUGGUGAUCCUACGACGCCGGGGUGGGCUAGUAGUGAAGAGUGUGAGAGGCUUUCGGAUGAGGAGGUGGAGGAGGCAGGGGAUGUUGGGAAGAUACCGUCACUGCCCAUUUCCGCGGCGGACGGCGAAACCAUUUUGAGGGCUAUUGGAGGGCAGGUGGCAAAUGAUGAUUGGCAGGGAAGUGAUGAUGCUCCGGUUUAUAGGGUUGGUCCUGGUCCUGGGAUUGUGCAUCUCAGUUACACUGGGAAGCAAGUCAUAGGGAGAAUUGAGAAUGUGAUUGGUGUCAUAGAAGGAGAAGAGGAACCUGACCGAUUUGUCAUUUUGGGCAAUCACCGGGAUGCAUGGACAUUUGGAGCCGUUGAUCCAAAUAGUGGAACUGCAGCAUUGCUUGAGAUUGCCCAAAGAUUAGGGAAGCUGCAGAAAAGAGGGUGGAAGCCUCGGCGUACAAUUGUCUUGUGUAAUUGGGAUGCUGAGGAAUAUGGCCUGAUAGGAUCAACUGAAUGGGUAGAAGAAAACAGGCACAUGCUAGCUUCAAAGGCCAUUGCUUACUUGAAUGUUGACAGUGCGGUAUACGGCCCAGGAUUCUGGGCCGCGUCAACUCCACAGCUUGAUGAACUGCUUAAACAAGCUACUCAACAGGUUAAAGACCCAGAUAACUCAUCCCAAACCCUUUACCAAUCAUGGGUUGGUUCAAGCAGCUCGCCUAUGAUUGGCAGGUUGGGAAGCGGAGAAUCGGAUUUUGCAGCUUUUGUUCAUCAUAUUGGAAUUCCAGCAGCUGACAUGGCUUUCGGUAAAGGAUACCCAGUAUACCAUUCAAUGUAUGACGACUUUAUAUGGAUGCAAAGGUUCGGUGAUCCAUUGUUUCAAAGGCAUGUUGCAGUGGCAAGUUUAUGGGGUUUGGUAGCUCUUUGGCUAGCUGAUGCAGAAGUCUUGCCUUUUAAUUAUCUCUCCUAUGCACUGGAGCUACAGAGUUACGUGAACGACCUGGAAGAUGAGCUUUCAGGUAAGAACAUAAACCUAACUCCUCUGUUCAAGUCCAUUGAGGAGCUCGAGAAAGCAGCUGCAAAUAUAAACAGCCAGAGAGAGGAAAUAGAACAAUGCAAAGCUAAUCUAUUUACCAGAAAGAAAGAUCACCUUAAGGUGAGAGAGCUGAAUGACAGACUUAUGAUGGCGGAGCGUGCAUUUACAGAUCAAGACGGACUCUUAGGAAGGUCAUGGUUUAAGCAUAUGAUUUAUGGGCCCUCAAAGCAUGAUGAUUAUGGAUCUGUAUCCUUCCCGGGCAUAGGUGAAGCCAUCGAAAAGGCAAAGAGUUUGAAGACAGCAGAGUCAUGGAAAAUUGUACAACAUGAAGUUUAUAGAGUCUCUAGAGCUGUUAAACAUGCAUCACAAAUCAUCAACGGCAAAUUAACAUGACAACUUGAUGACUGGAAAUACCAUGAAGGUCUAUCUCGAAUGAUAGUUUGUGGACUGCAGUAAACAGGCAUCAAAAUGUGUUUCCAGAGCCGAUUCUUGUCAGACCAAGAACCAAACAGCCCAAGAGGUGGAGAUUUGUGAAGAAAAGUUCGACCAGCAUGGUAAAAAAGUACAAUUACAGCAAGCAUAUCGGUUUGGUUUGGCCUUUGUAACCUCUUCUGCAUGUCCUUGAUUUCAUAUCCCACGUUAUCCCUUGCGCUCGUUAUGUAAUUGUUGUGCUUCUGUCAAGGGAUGCUGCUUUCUGUAUACAUAAUCUGUGAGUUAUUCACAUCUUAUAAUCUUUUGCUUUUCGCAUCCUA